AUGUGUGAAGCAGAAGGUAGUCAGUUACCUGGCGGACAAAAACAACGAAUUGCUAUUGUUCGAGCUUUAAUUCGUAAUCCAAAAAUUCUUCUUCUUGAUGAAGCAACAUCAGCAUUGGAUAAUAAAAGCGAAAAAGUUGUUCAAUCAACAUUAGAUCAAGCACGCGUAGGUCGAACAUGUUUAACAAUUGCUCAUCGUUUAUGA